GGCAGCAUAGGCGGCUGCGAGAGCAGACACCCGAGCCGAGCCAGAAAAGCGGCCGAGCCUCGCGCCCCGACGCCGGCCCCGCGUCCCAGCCCUGCCCAGCCCGCGCCUGGCCAUGCGCGCCGCCUGCUGAGUCCGGACGCCGCACGCUGAGCCCUCCGCCCGCCGCGCCGCGCUCGGCUCGGGGGUGAUUAGUUGCUUUUUGUUGUUUUUUAAUUUGGGCCGCGGGGAGGGGGAGGAGGGGCAGGUGCUGCAGGCUCCCCCCCCUCCCCGCCUUGGGCCAGCGGCGGCGGCGCGACUCGAGCCCCGGACCCGGGCACCGCGGGAGCGGAGCGCACGGCGGCGGCGGUGCCCGGAGCGGAGCGCAGCUCCUUGCCCCGCCCCUCCCCCUCGGCCUCGCGGCGGCGGCGGCGCUGGCGGCUUGGACUACUCCGAGAGACGAGUGAAGACACUUCCACAUGGGCAUCUGACCAUGUGCCUGCCCUGAGCAGCAAGGCCCACCAAGCAUCUCUGUUGAGGGCAGCAGGGCCAGACACUCGUCUGUGGACCCCCAGCAGUUGGCAGGCUCCCCUGGCGGCGGGGUCUGGGCCUUGGCCCCACCAUGUCAGGCCUCGGCAGUGGCCCCCAGGAUGCCGGCGGCAGCAGCUCCACCACCACUAAUGGCAGCAGCGGCAGUGGCUCAAAGGCGGGAGUGGCAGACAAGAGUGCAGCCGUGGCUGCUGCAGCACCAGCCUCAGUGGCAGAAGAUGCCCCACCCCCUGAGCGUCGGAACAAGAGUGGCAUCAUCAGCGAACCCCUUAACAAGAGCCUGCGCCGCUCCCGCCCACUCUCCCACUACUCUUCCUUCAGUGGCAGUGGUAGCAGUGGAGGUGGCAGUAUGAUGGGUGGAGAGUCCGCCGACAAGGCUGCUGCAACCGCAGCUGCUGCCUCCCUGUUGGCCAAUGGGCAUGACCUGGCAGCAGCCAUGGCGGUGGACAAAAGCAACCCUACCUCAAAGCACAAAAGUGGUGCUGUGGCCAGCCUGCUGAGCAAAGCGGAGCGGGCCACGGAGCUGGCAGCCGAGGGACAGCUGACGCUGCAGCAGUUUGCGCAGUCCACAGAGAUGCUGAAGCGUGUGGUGCAGGAGCACCUCCCACUGAUGAGCGAGGCUGGUGCUGGCCUGCCUGACAUGGAGGCCGUGGCGGGCGCCGAAGCUCUCAAUGGCCAGUCCGACUUCCCCUACUUGGGCGCCUUCCCCAUCAACCCAGGCCUCUUCAUCAUGACCCCAGCGGGUGUGUUCCUGGCGGAGAGCGCACUGCACAUGGCUGGCCUGGCUGAGUACCCCAUGCAGGGAGAGCUGGCCUCCGCCAUUAGCUCGGGCAAAAAGAAGCGGAAACGCUGUGGCAUGUGCGCGCCCUGCCGGCGGCGCAUCAACUGCGAGCAGUGCAGCAGUUGUAGGAACCGAAAGACUGGCCAUCAGAUUUGCAAAUUCAGAAAAUGUGAGGAACUCAAAAAGAAGCCUUCCGCUGCUCUGGAGAAGGUGAUGCUUCCGACGGGAGCCGCCUUCCGGUGGUUUCAGUGACGGCGGCAGGACCCCAAAGCUGCCCUCUCCGUGCAAUGUCACUGCUCGCGUGGUCUUCGGCAAGGGAUUCGGGCGAAGACAAACGGAUGCACCCGUCUUUAGAACCAAAAAUAUUCUCUCACAGAUUUCAUUCCUGUUUUUAUAUAUAUAUUUUUUGUUGUCGUUUUAACAUCUCCACGUCCCUAGUAUAAAAAAAGAAAAGGAAAAAAAAAUUUAACUUUUUUGGGAAGAACAGCAGCAACAACAACAACAAAAAACAGAGGUAAAGAGGAAUCUAUAAAGUACCGAGACUUCCUGGGCAAAGAAUGGACAAUCAGUUUCCUUCCUGUGUCGAUGUCAAUGUUGUCUGUGCAGGAGAUGCAGUUUUUGUGUAGAGAAUGUAAAUUUUCUGUAACCUUUUGAAAUCUAGUUACUAAUAAGCACUACUGUAAUUUAGCACAGUUUAACUCCACCCUCAUUUAAACUUCUUUGAUUCUUUCCAACCAUGAAAUAGUGCAUAGUUUGCCUGGAGAAUCCACUCAUGUUUAUAAAAAGAAUGUUGAUGGCGUCGUGGAGAAGCCCCUCUGUCCCCAUCUACACUGGCAGAGCUGCCGGCAGGAGCUCGUGGAGCGGGAGGGAGUACCCACCCCCUGGGCCCGGGCCUGCUAUGCUGAAUCCACAGUCCCCAGAAUUGGAUCUCCCACCCCAACAGUAAGGAUUUUGGAAAAAUGAAAUUUCUGUUCGUUUAUCCAUUGAGAUCUCUGGGGAGCCCAUGUCUCGAUAUUUCCAAUCCUGGCUACUUAGAGAAAAUAAGCCCUUUUUUCUGGCCUUGCUGAUGGUGACAGAAGAAAGCAAUUCUUUGUGGGGCCCUCCCACCGGUGGGGGUGGGUACCCAGGGGGGCCCCUGCGGCCCGGGCCCCCUGCCCAUGGCCGGCUUCCUGCUGAUGAACAUGCUGUUUGUAUUGUUUUAGGAAACCAGGCUGUUUUGUGAAUAAAACGAAUGCAUGUUUGUGUCAUGAA